AUGUCUAGCCCUAGAACAUCACCAUACUCUAACGAGGAGUACACAGUGGGCUGGAUAUGCGCUCUUCCCAUCGAACUAGCCGCAGCGAGGGGAAUGAUUGAGGAAGACGACCACGGAGAGCCACAGAGUUCGCCCGCAGCGGCAGAUCAGAAUAGGUACACUCUUGGGACGAUGGGAAAGUUCCGAGUUGUCAUUGCUUCACUACCAAAGGACCAACUUGGGUCCUCUUCUGCUACCGCUUCUGUGAAGGAUAUGCUAUUUACUUUCCCCAAUAUUCGGAUUGGUCUUUGUGUUGGCAUAGGCGCCGGCCUGCCUGACUAUGAGAGUCAAGAUGAACAGGAUAUUCGCCUAGGGGAUGUUGUCAUCUGUAGCAGUUCUAAAACUGGAGGUGUGAUCGCUUAUGAUCUGGGCAAGAAACUUGCUGAUGGAUCGUUCGAAACUCGAUCUGCCCUGGCUCCGCCCCCUCGAUCGUUGAGCACGGCUCUAGGGGCAAUGCAGGCACGGCAUGAGAUGCAAGAAAACAAGAUACCGUUAUAUGUCGAAAAAAUGAUCGAGAAGCAUCCAUUCAUGCGCAAGAAAGGAUAUUCUCAACCUGAUCAAUCCCUGGAUCGUCUGUUCAAGCCGGAAUAUCUUCAUGUUUCUGGGAAGAAUUGUUCGAAGUGCGACGACUCCGAGACUAUAGAGCGAGAGGACCGAUUCGACGAUGGUCCAGUGAUUCAUUAUGGGACAAUUGCGUCGGGAAAUAUGGUCGUCAAAGAUUCUGCUCUGCGCGAUGAUAUCCGAGUCAAGCAUGGAGCUCUCUGCUUGGAAAUGGAGGCUGCAGGUCUCAUGAACAAUUUCCCUUGCGUGGUGAUCAGGGGAAUCUCGGACUAUGCGGAUUCUCAUAAAAAUGAUCGCUGGCAACCAUAUGCAGCGGCAGUCGCAGCUGCAUGUGCAAAGGAGUAUUUAGAGAAUGUGCAGGCGAAAGAUGUGGACGGAGAGCCGACAGUGAAGGCCGUAUUGGAGAAAGUGCAAGAAGUUCAAACCGAAGUAACAAAAGUUGGAAAGUUUGUGACGACCAAAGAAACGAGAGAGAUUCUCGAUUGGAUCAGUCCAAUAGACUUCGUCGAUCAACAGAAUGACAUCAUUCGACUCAGACAAGACGGGACGGGUACCUGGCUCAUAGACUCAGAAGAGUUCACGCAGUGGGUAAAUGGGGAUGUCCAACAUGAGACACUGUUUUGCACUGGAAUACCUGGCGCAGGCAAGACAAUUAUGUCAUCGAUCGUUGUCGAGCAUUUGAAGAAGACCUUCAAGAACGAUCUAAACGUCAAGGUGGCCUUUGAAUUUUGCAGCUAUCAGUCCAAACAUCGGCAGACAACGCUGGACCUCUUACAAAGCCUCCUUCGGCAACUUGCAGUCAAGUCUCCCGAUUCUGACCUAUUGCCAUGCAUUUUGAAACUUCACCAGACCCACAGCUUGCACUCUACUAGGCCUCGGCCAGCUGAGUUAGAGGAAGCCAUUUUGGAAGCCAUUGAGUCAUAUUAUACAGUGUUUCUGAUCGUAGAUGCUCUUGAUGAAUUUUACUCUACAGACCGAGAAGACUCGGUGUCGUUCUUCAAUGCUCUGCGCAGAAUUCGGGAACACCCACGAGUGAAGCUCUUCAUGACAUCUCGCCAUAACGAAGAAAUUUCCUCCCGCAUUUCUCCGUACAUAUCAAAGGAAAUACGGGCCCAUGACGACGAUAUCUCGCAGUAUGUGAAAGGAAGAAUGCCUCAGCUUCGUGUUCCCAAGGCAUCCCAGAAACUCGAAUUUCAACAGCAGAUCCAAACAGAGAUUGUCAGAGCCGCAGAUGGAGUAUUUUUACUUGCGAAGCUACAUAUGAAUCACUUGAUGGGGUUUCUUACGGCCAGGCAAAUAAAAAAUGCCCUUAUGCAACUACCUCGAGGGACAAGCGGUCUCAGUCUGGCAUAUGAUAAAGUGAUGCUACGAAUCCUAUCUCAAGAAGGAGAGGCCCAGCAAGAGCAAUCAGAAGGUGAAGAGCCAGCGUCUAAAAUAGCGCUAAAGGCUCUUUCCUGGCUCACCUUUAGCAAGACAGCUCUUACGGCUGACCAGCUCGUACACGCCAUUGGUACCCAGUCAGGAAUGAGGGACAUUGACCAGGAGGGAUUUCCCGACCCAGAAGUGAUUGGAAAUAUAUGUGCUGGCUUGGUUAUAUUUGAUCGAAACACUGGUAUCAUUCGCUUGGUACAUCACACCACAAAGACAUACUUAUUGAAGAGCAACUAUCUCCGGGAGGCUGAAGUGGAUAUUGCAAAGAUUACACUCACUUAUCUCAGCUUCCGGGCCUUUUCAACAGGUCGUUGCAGUCGUGACUCAAGCUUCAUCCAGAGACAAGAAGAAUAUCCUCUGUUUACCUACUGUGCCUUGAAUUGGGGAGCGCAUGUUUCACAACUGCUUGAAUGGUCACCCGACAUACUUGAAUUGUCUUUGCAGUUCUUGCAACUGGAAACGAAUGUUCAAGCCUCUAGCCAGGCCAUGAUACUUGAGAUUUACCAUUACUUUAAGCAGACUACACUGGGCGGAAAGAUCACCCCGUGGAGUACCUCUUUUGGGCUGACAAAUGUUCAUGUCGCCUGCUAUUUCAAUCUUUGCAGUGUCAUUGCUCAUUAUCUCAGUCAAAAUGUGGAUAUGAACACCACCGAUUCAACUGGUAAAGUGCCUAUAAUGUGGGCGAUCGAAAAUGGCAAUAUUGAAUCAACACAGAUACUUCUUGAUUCUGGUCGCGUGAAUGCAGACUGCAGAGACCAUGACGGGAAAACUCUUCUUAUGUAUGCGGCUAUCGCCCGGCGUGUGCAAAUGGCCGAGCUUCUGAUUUUGCGUGGUGCUUCCCCCGAUGCUCGCGAUCGUGAAGGGAGAUCAGCUUUGGCCUAUGCAGCUACUACUGGACAGGUUGCAAUGAUCAAGCUUCUAGUCUCUCAAAAAGUUCAGCUUGACUAUUCACAUGAUCCUAAAGCGCUUAAGUCGCUGGAAGAUGAUCCCGACUACUAUUCGCUCUUCGAUAGGGCAGACGCGCUGAAAAACGACGGUCCGAUAUUUAUCCUCGACAAUGUGACCGAUCCUGUGGGAACUCCCCUAAUCAAUGCUGUUUCUACUGUCCACAAAGAGGCAGCUGUUCUUCUUCUUGAGAAUGGGGCCGAUCCAAAUUAUGCCAAUUCAGAGGGCGAUACUCCUCUGUCAGCUGCAGUGGCGAGAAGAAAUGAAGAAUUAGUCAAGAUACUGCUUCGCAGAGGGGCUACACUGGAAGCCUCACCUUCAACCUUUUACUAUGCCAUUGAAAGCGGAGAUGGGGUAAUAGUACGUCAAUUCCUCGAAGCUGGGGCGGAUCCAAACGCCAUAUAUUCGCCCCCUUCGCUCCACCGAUCGUAUCCUUGGGAGGUUGAGAUGGAGCCCGUAUCUAGAGAAGAAAUGAUGAACAUGUUCAACAAUAUCUUCCAGCUCUUCCAGCCACCCGAGGCCAGAGCCAUGACAUCUGGCCCGCCUCAUGUUGCGGAGACUGUUCUCUUUCGUGCAACACGAUUGGGUCAUGUAAAAGUUGUUCAUGAGUUGCUCAACUACGGUGCUGACCCUAACGUACGAAAUGGAAAGAAAGAAACGCCUCUAUUUGUUGCAUCCAAGAAUGGGCAUACCGAAGUCGUGCGUCAUCUUCUUGAAAACGACGCAGACCCAACUUUGCAGAAUGGGCAUUUCCAGACUGCCCUCUUUCCGGCAUCACGAUGGGCAACUCCAUUGAUUGUGGGAAUUCUUCUCAAUGCGGGCUUAUCAAUCAACACGCCGGAUAUCAUUGGUAGCACUCCUCUGUUCUAUGCGGUUGAAAGUGGUUGCGUGCAGACCGUGAGUUUCCUACUGUCAAAAGGAGCAGACGUUGGGCAAAUCAACGGUAUGGGCGAGACAGCACUGUUUGGCGCAACCAAAUAUGUCAACCCCGAGAUAUGCAAGCUAUUACUAGCGGAAGGUGCACACCCGGACCCAAUAAACAUUCUUCAAUGCACCCCUUUAUUCAACAUCGCCAAGGAUGUUUGUUAUAUGAACAGCCCAGCCACCAAACAACUUUUCCCGGGAGACCGCAGCUACACCAAUCUUGUUGAAACUGCAAUUUUGCUCAUUGGUAAUGGAGCUUGCCCCUCUCCGCAGAAGCUCGACUCAGAUUUGAAGGAAAUUCAUGAGGUAUUGGAGACGAUUAUAACCAGAUGUAGUCAAUCUCUACCCCCCAAAGAAAAUCUCCCGCAGCUUGUCUCGAUUGCCCGUGAAUGGUGGGGUUGGUGUGAUUGGCUGAGCUCCUUAACCGAUGAAGAUGUCUGUACAUUCUUACAGUUCCUUUGUCUGGGACGUAAUGAUAAAGUUGAACUUUGCGAAUAUGGACCUUUUUACUGGAUCUCGGCAACAGGCUCUUGUGAACUAGUCUCGAAGGUUCUUCAAGAUAACGAGGAUAUCAAGGGAAGAGACUCGGGGCUUAUUCAAGGAGCGGUGUCAUCCAGGAAUGUUAUGAUGACUGAAAUGGUGCUGGAUACCCUCGAAGAGGAUGUAAUUGAUGGACAGCCAGUAUCCGCUCUUCUUGAGGCCCCAGCCAGUGACGGUGAUCUCAAUAUGGUCAGACUGUUAUUCGAGCGAUUUCAAGCUUCUGAGCUGGAUAAUGGACCUGCUUUGAUUUUUGCGGUCAAGAGUGGAAACACUGAUCUUGUCGGAUUCAUGCUAGCCAACCUAAGAGAUCCGCUCUUAGUUGACGAAGGAGGUCUAAACGUUCUUCAUUAUGCCGUUCUUUCGAAGUCACCUGCGAUGGUUCAAUUUUUGUUGGACCAUAAUUCACUUCAAAACAUCGAUAUCAAUUCCAAAAACCAGCUCGGAUUUUCGCCGCUUCUCACUGUGACUCAAAUCAGACACGAGAAUGCACCGAUCGCAAGGCUCUUGCUUCAAAAGGGCGCUGACCCCAACACCACUGAAACACCCAGCCCUGGCCCCCAAGAGGCAAUAACUGAAACAGAAGAGCAAUUAGAAAAUUCAAAGGUUCUGGAUUUGCAAAGUCUCAGCGCCCAGGAGGAAUGGUACCACUGGACUCCUUUGGCCUUUGCAGCCCACAAUGGGGCAGAUGAUUUAGCACAAGUAUUGCUUGAAUACAAAGCAGACCCAGACCCCCAAAAUCAAUUUGGCAUCAGACCAAUUUGCCUGGCAGCUCUUGAUGGACAUGAGAGAGUCGUCAGAAUGCUCCUCGGUAAGAAUGUCAGCCCAAAUCAGGUUGAAGGCUCGAUCAAAGCACCUCUCACAUGGGCACUUGAGCGACAUCUGGAUGCAUUUCGCUACGAUUCAUCAAAAAUAGCCGACUGGCCAGGCUGUAAAGCAGUAGAAGCAACAGUCAGUCUGCUGCUAGAGAGUGGAGCUGAUCCAAAUCCCUCAGAUGGAACAGCUCCAAUAUUAGCUGCAUUCAGGUUGUAUUCGGAGGAUUUGGUUCUACUUCUCAUCAGAGCGGGAAGCAACCCGAUCCAUCGUGACUUAUAUGGUCGCACCCCAUUGAUUAUUGCUACAGCUUUUGGAAUGGAACGAGCGGUUGCGGCAUUGUUGGAAAUUCCAGACACACCACUCGAUCCAGAAAUUGAGGAUGUCUAUGGCCGGUCAGCUAUCACCGAAGCUACCCGGAGAAACAGACCUGAGAUUUUGAGCAUUUUGACACGAAACUCGUACGACUCAUCAGUAUUAACGAAUCCAUCUCAUUCAGGUUAUGAGUCUGUCAAAAUUCAAAAUAGAACGGAUGAUACAUGUACCGUCUGCAUGGUCCCCUUAUCGGAUGACCCGAAUGAUCAUUACUCUUGUCAAGAAUGUCCUUCCUUCGAAAUUUGCAAGGAAUGCAAGGGCUGGGGAGUAACUUGCUUGCACCCGGGGCACGAAAUGUCAUAA